CCAUUUCUUGCCUUCAGCAUGUCGAUGCUGGAGCGCCCUUCGGGGGUGCAAAAAUUCUGUCUCGUCGUACGAUUGAUCGCAAACCUUGCGCUUUGAGCCAACGACUCAUUCAACAAGUUUAACCCGGUUGUACGAUUUGUAAAUUUUAUCACUUUCAAGUUUUCAUUCACAUUAUUCAUAAAAAAAAAAAAAAUAAAUAAAAAAAAAAUAAAUAAUAAUAAUGUGAAACACGUCGCGCCGGCGAGGUUUAACAUGCCUCAUUUUAAACUCGCGGUAAAUAAAAAUAUAAACGUGGACAAAGAAAAAUAAUUUUUUUUUCUUUAUUUUCAUAUAUUAAAAACACGUAAAAAUUUUUUUUAUUUUUUUAAAUUAAAAAACUGUAAUUUUUUUUUGGGGGGGGAAAUUUAUGUCACAACUUACGAGUUGUGGUGGUUCUUUUUUUUAUGUGUCAUUUUAUGGCACUGUGUCUGUGAGACCAAGUGUGUUUACUAUUUCUGCCCCGUAGCCGUUAGUAGCGUAGGGCGGAACGACCCGACGUCGCAACAUCUUUGGGCGCACGAGACGAUGACAUUGACGUACAACAGGAAACCGAAUAUCUGAAGUUUCUAGACAACUGCUGAGAGAGAAAGAGAGAGAGAAAGGGAGAGAAAAGGGGAGUUGUUCGAUGGGGGAACAUUUGGUGGCGAAUACGACUCAUAAAAUCUACGUCGACGAGGAAAAAAAAAGGGUCCCCGGAAUCGAAAUGUUAUAUAUAUAAAGUUCGAAAGAGAGAGAGAUGCUGAACAACAUGGAUUGUCCCUAUAAUAAUUCGAUCACGAAUACGAUGGCAAAGUAGCAUAUAUCAUCAUAUCAAUAUAUUCGGGACCAAAAAUCCCUUCGGACAAAUGUUUCUGGAAGGGCAAUUCCCUAAAGCACCCUGAUGCAAGUCCAUCUAACGUGUGUGCAGCAGGGACAUCCUCUUUAGAAAUUCCCCAUUCUCGGAGGAAGGAGUUUGUAAAAGACAAAGGGUCGAAGCGUCGGGUCGAGUCGAGAAAAGAGAGUGAGAUAAGAAAGAUGGGUGAGAGUUCACCUGAUCUCAGCCUCCGGCUUCGUAGAGGUAGUUCCGACUCCAGGGAUUCAUUUUAUAUGGAUUUUGCACAGGGCAUUGACUCGGACAUCGAAGAAGUGGUACGACCGGACAAUGGGGAUUCGAUUCUGGGGAAUCAUAUAGAGGACAGUAGAAUCGAUCUGCCGCUAAUGGAGGACAUCUCAACAAUACCGGAAGAAGCUUCAGAGGAACUUCGCGAGGAAGAGGAAACAGCUGCUCUCGAAGCUGCACUUGCAACACCAGACGCUCCCGUAAUUAGUGCAGAAAAAGAAAAACCGAUACCCCUUUGGCCGGGAAUACCGGCAACAUUGCCAUCACCAGCAUCUCCAUCUGCGGUAAUUGUUUCUCCAGAAACCUUAUCUACUCAUAGCAGCAGUUCACCUUCGAGAAGUAAUCGCCCACCCCAAUACCCUUUGGCUUUACCAUGUUCAACUCAACCGAUAUCUGCCGUUUGCUACCCACUGGCUCCUACAUAUAUCGACGUCACGGACGAUCGGAAUUACAAGAAUCUUGGAUGCUACGCAUUAGCAACAACGCUAAGUGCCCUCUAUGGAAAACUACUCGUUGUAAUGGGUAUUGCAUUUCCCAUGUCGGAAGUAAUUUCAACCUACAUCCCUCCAUCAUUUUAUGAAUCUUUCUACCUCUAUCUCUAUAUUGGAAGUAUGCUCUUUCUUUUUUACAUGUGCAUUAUGAUGCAUAAAGAUGGAAGACCCAAACAAAAGAAGCAAAAAGAUAUUUCGGAUUUGGAUUCAUCGCGAUCAUCAAGUGGUGCAGGGGUUGACAGUGACACUGUUGACACAUCGUGCCCACAUAUUGCCUCUCGACCAGCACAACAUUAUGGUAGUUUUUAUCUCCGAAUGGGAGCCGUGGCUUUUGGAAUAGGUUCAAUGAUUUAUUCCGGUCUGGAAUUUGGACAAUAUUUCGAACUCGAACUCAACACUAAAUGCCAUAAUAUUAUGCUUGCCGUUACUCCAGCUAGUCGAAUGGCCUUUAUUUUCAUCCAAAUGUACUUUAUCUUUUUAAACAACAAACAAAUGAAAGUCUAUCGUCAUCGAGUGAUAGCACGUUUUGGACUGAUGCACAUGAUUGGAACAAAUCUCUCCGUAUGGCUCAAUGUUCUCGUACAAGAAACGAAACACGAGAUUUUAACUUUUUACAAUCCUGAGAAUAAUUCUAUAAGAAUUUCUCAUCGAAUAGGAUCAAAAGGAAGUUUUCAUAUGGGUCACAAUCAUGGUCACAUAGAUCGUUUAAGGGUAUCGCGAGGACUAAAAGGACCUCACAAUAUAUUCGAAUGUAGAAGGGACAAUAUUAUGGGAUUAUUGGUUCAAGACGCAAGUCCAUUUCUCUUUCCUUGCACAAUUGAAUACAGUUUAAUUUGUGCUGCAAUUUUAUACGUAAUGUGGAAAAAUAUUGCGAAAGCUGCAAAUCCAUCGAGUCCAACCACACCGUCAAGGCAUCAUGCUCAUGCAUACAGGAAGUCGCCCUACCACUACAGCGUCGAUUGUGCUCAAGCUCACAAAGGACUAUUCUUUGGUAUUCUCAUUCUUGUAAUGACGAUAAUAUCCCUAAUUCUGUUUUUCGUUCUAAUUUCACGUCCCGAGCAUGUCAACUUUGCAGUAAUGGAAGUGAAUAUUUGCGAAUUAACCCUCUAUGGACUCUCAACAUUGGCAACACUUAUUGGAAUGUGUCAAAUUCGCAAAUUACGUUACGAUGGCGGAAGAAAUCUUGAAUUAGAUAAUAUUCUUCUAGUUGGAGCACAAACGGGAAUGUUUAUCUAUUCAACAUUCACAAUAAUUGGUAGUCAUUUUACACCCGAUAAAGAUACAAUAUUAAUUCUUGUAACGGCCCUAGCGAGUGUACUUCAAACAACAUGUCAAACAAUAUUUAUUCUCGAUGCAUCGAGAAGAUCAGUUUCAACAGCAGAAAAUAUACGACGUAAACCAGCGCGGCAAAUUGUUACAUUUUUAUUGGUGACAAAUUUAGCAAUGUGGGCAGUAAAUACAUUGGAAAAAUCAAGAGCCGAAUCACAUCCUGUACAACUUCAUUUUUAUGGUCUUUGGGCAUGGACAAUAAUAACGCACGUGUCAAUGCCAUUGGCAAUAUUUUAUCGUUUUCACAGUACAGUAUGUCUUUGUGAAAUUUGGAAAAGAGCUUAUAAAGUAAAGCCAACUUAUAUGUGACGCAAGGGGUCGUUGUCCCAUUGUAAUAAUUCAAAACGAAAACGUAUGCAAAUUCCUAAAAAAUUGUCGAUUAGGCAGAUGGAUUCCAUUAUUGAACACGAUCCCAUGUACUUUAUCUGAUUAAAAUUCAGAUGAUAAAAAAAAAAUCCAAUUUUAAUAUUGGAUACGUGAUGUUUUAGCGUCUCCUUGAUCAGAAUUGUUGCUUAGAUUUUAAAAUGUUAUUUAAAUACAGCUGAUGAUUUACGGAAAACAUCCAAAAGAAAAAAAUAAUCUUAUUAUUCAAAAGAAAUACUCUUGAUAUUUUCCUCUCAAAACGAGAAUAUUUCACAGAAAGAAUACGAGAAAAAAUAUUUAUUUGAUGCGUUUACUAUCAACGAUUAAAAUCAUUUUUUAAUUGGAAAAUAAAAUUUUUUGCCUACAAAUUAUUUUAUUUUCAAAAUUAUUGAUCGAGCACCCAGAGAAAUGAUAUUAUUUUUCUCAGAGCUAAAU